GCUGUUAUGAAUGUUCUCCUUUUUGGCUUCCUGCUGCACAGUGUCCAUUGUGAGGACUUUAGUGUCUCUCUGCCACAACAACUGGAGGCUGUGCGUGGAUCCUGUUUGACUAUACCCUGCUCCUUUACAGUACGGGAUAACUAUAAUAAACAAUUGCACAGUGGAUGUAGAGCAGAAUGGAGAGAUGCCAACAAUGUCCAGACAACAGUAGAAUUCACAAGACCAACAACAGGAGACUUAACCCAGAAGAACUGCACCACAACAGUGUAUGACAUCACUGAGCAGCAGGGACGAAGAGUUUGGUUCAGACUGGACUGUGACAAUCCUCUGAAAUGGACAUUUACAGAUAAAACACUGAACAUUACAGUGAAUGAAGUCCCACCCACACCUACCCUGACUCCGCCCACUGUGAGUGUGAGUGAGGGGCAGUCAGUGAGUGUGCAGUGCUCUGUUCCUGUCCCGUGUCUGUCUCCCACUCCCACUUUGAUAUGGAGCCCUGUCCUGGGGCACAUUCAGGAGACUCUGCAGGAGCAACCGGACAAGACCUAUGUCAAAGUGUCCACUCUCAACUUCACUGUUUCUGACCCAGAGACAAGCCUAUCAUGUUCUGCAGUCCACAGCAGGGUUGAUGGGACGACUGUGUCAAGUGCUGUUGCUACAGCUCAGGUCAUGUGUCCACAGUGUCAUAAGUUUAGUGUCUCUCUACCACCAAACAUAAAGGCUCUGCAAGGAUCAUGUGUGACAAUACCCUGUUCUUUUCAAGUCGAGAACAAAUAUAAAACCAACUUGGACAGUGGAUGUAAAGUUGUAUGGAGAGAUAUUACUGAGAAUACACUUUUAAAUACAAGACAAACUGGAGAUAUAACCCAGAACAGCUGCUCCACAACUUUUCAUGACAUUGGUCAUCAACACAACCAAACAUAUUUCUUCAGAGUGGAAUGUGACAAUUUACUGAAAUAUACCUUUAGAGAGGCAGGUGUGAAUCUACAAGUCACAGAAGCCCCUCCCACACCUACACUUACUCCGCCCACUGUGAGUGUGAGUGAGGGGCAGUCAGUGAGUGUGCAGUGCUCUGCUCCUGUCCCGUGUCUGUCUCCCACUCCCACUUUGACAUGGAGCCCUGUCCUGGGGCACAUUCAGGAGACUCUGCAGAAGCAACCGGACAAGACCUAUGUCAAAGUGUCCACUCUCAACUUCACUGCUUGUCCUCUCCACCAUAAAACAAACCUCUCAUGCUCUGCAGUUUACAGCAGGGAAGAUGGUACACAUGUAUUGUCUCCAAGUGCCCAGAUUACUCUUGAUAUUACAUAUCAACCUAGAAACACCAGAGUGACAGUGAGUCCCUCUGGUCCAGUGACAGAGCACAGUAAUAUGUCACUGAGCUGCAGCAGUGAUGCCAACCCAGCUGUACAGCACUACCACUGGUAUAAAGCUGAUGGAGGAACUCACACUCUGAUCGGAAACUCAUCUGUUUUAAACAUGAAAGCCUCCAGAGAUACUACUGCUAUUUUUUGUGAAGCACAAAAUGAACUUGGAACUGAUAAUUCUACUGUCACUGACUUGGAUGUACAGUUCCCUGCACAGAUCCUGAGCUCCUCAAACUGCCCUGGAGACUCAGCCCGGAUGAGCUGUGUGUGUGAGACUGAGGGGAACCCCUUUCCCCUGAUACAGUGGAGUUUGCCUGAAAUAUCCUCCAACCACUCCAUCAGCAGUGAACCUCUGAGUGACAAAGCUCUAAGAAGUGUCAUCACUGUUAUUAAACCUCAGUGGAGAGAUCCAGUCACUUUGGUCUGUCACAGCAGCAACUCUCUGGGAUCUCAGAAACAAAGGUUUAGUGCUCUUGCUGUCCUCUAUCGACCCUUAAACACCAGAGUGACAGUGAGUCCCUCUGGUCCAGUGACAGAACACAGUAAUAUGUCACUGAGCUGCAGCAGUGAUGCCAACCCAGCUGUACAGCACUACCACUGGUAUAAAGCUGAUGGAGGAACUCACACUCUGAUCGGAAACUCAUCUGUUUUAAACAUGAAAGCCUCCAGAGAUACUACUGCUAUUUUCUGUGAGGCUCAGAAUGAACUUGGGACUGAUAAUUCUACUGUUAUUCAUCUGGAUGUACAAUUCCCUGCACAGAUCCUGAGCUCUUCAAACUGCUCUGGAGACUCAGCCCAGAUGAGCUGUGUGUGUGAGACUGAGGGGAACCCCUUUCCCCUGAUACAGUGGAGUUUGCCUGAAAUAUCCUCCAACCACUCCAUCAGCAGUGAGCCUCUGAGUGACAAAGCUCUACGAAGUGUCAUCACUGUUAUUAAACCUCAGUGGAGAGAUCCAGUCACUUUGGUCUGUCACAGCAGCAACUCUCUGGGAUCUCAGAAAAGGCGACAUUAUACACAUGAAUUUCAACAAGCAGGAGCUGAAAUUGAAGUGAAAAGUCUGCUCCUCAUAAGCAUUAUUAUUAUUCUACUGGCCCUGAUGUGUGUUCUGUUGUAUGUGAUCAGAACUCAAAAUAUUCGUCUUAAGUGUCGGUCUGAUGAUGUCGCCUUGAACCCAAUACCACUGUCAAAUGAGUCACAGGUGGAGACUCAGAUGGGCUUUUAUGCCAGUACAAAUGAGAUGGUGCCCCAGGCUGAGUCAAACAUAUAUGCCAACGCAAAUGAGUUGAGAGCAGAAGAGCAGGCAAAGAGCAGUGCACCAAACUGUAACAAAGAAAAUAUCCAGGCCUCUGACAGUGGCCAGGACAAUGCCCUUUAUUCCAUAGUGAACUGGAAGACCAGAAGCAAGAAGAAGGUGCAAGAGACUGCGGCUAACACAGAUCCUCCAUGUAGCUCCUAUCUGGAGGAGGAGAGGAGCAUUGUGGGAGACAGAGGCAGAUUUUGUGUCUCUGAAAAGCUGGUAGAAUGUGAAUAUGCCCAAGUUAAAUUUAAACCAAAGAAGCAGGUGCAAUAGACUUGCUCUAUGAAAUAAAUGUAUUGAUUUAAUUUUACACUGAUCCCCACCUAAGAUAGAAGUUGUUGGGGAGUGUAUAAAAUGUAUAUUGUGAAAUUGUAUUAUGUCACCAAUGGCUUUAUG